CGCUCGGCGCCGCGUCUCCGGUACCUCCUCCGCCUGCGCCUGCUCCUUUUUUUCCUUCUCCUCUGUUCCCGCGAACGUCGCGGCAGUGUCUGCUCCACAACUUUCCAAGAAAGUUCAGAAACUCGUCUCCGGGGCGGCCGGGUCGCGCGCGGCAGCUACUUCGGGGAGCCGCCGGGCAGCUCCGAGGGCGCACAGCCUCCCGGGCUUCGCGGUCGCUGCACCUGCCACGUCCGUCGCCGCCGCUGCCGCCUGGUGCCAGGCUGUGGGCAGACCCUGGCGGUGGCGGCAGCGGCGGCGGUGUCGGGUUCACCUCCUGCUGCCUCGUCUCCGUCUGGGUCCCCUGCGCUGCCACCGCCGCCCCACGUGCGCUAUCGUUCCUGGAGCGCACGCUCGGUGCUUCCUCAACAAUUUUUGUAACUUUCCCCCUCUAUCUUCCUUUCUCCCAACUCCCACUUUUUUCAUUAGGGUAAAAAAAAAAGUGUCGAAAGUGUCCACGGAUUGCCACCUCCCAAUUAUCCUUCCUUUCCUCCCGCCCCACUUUUUUUUUUUUUUUUUUAAAGCGGCGACAACAUUGUUUAGUGUUAUUUUGUUUUAACGAUCGAUAGCUUCCUUUGCUUGGUCGAGGCGGCUGCGGACCGGCGGAGUGGCGUGGACCUCAUGUAGAAAUGACAACAAUGGAAGGGGCCAGCGGGUCGAGUUUUGGAAUAGACACGAUUUUGUCCAGUGCCAGUUCGGGCAGCCCAGGCAUGAUGAAUGGAGAUUUCCGCCCGCUCGGCGAGGCCAGGACCGCGGAUUUUAGGAGUCAGGCCACUCCAUCCCCCUGUUCGGAGAUUGAUACCGUAGGAACGGCGCCUUCCUCUCCCAUCUCCGUCACCAUGGAGCCCCCGGAACCGCAUCUGAUAGCGGACGGGCCCCAGCAUCACCACCACCUGCACCACAGCCAGCAGCCGCCGCCAGCCGCGGCCCCUACGCAAAGUUUGCAGCCUUCGCCCCAGCAGCAGCCGCCGCCGCCGCCGCCAGCGGCCCAGCAGCUGGGCUCGGCCGCCUCAGCCCCCAGGACUUCCACCUCUUCUUUUUUAAUUAAGGACAUCUUGGGCGACAGCAAACCUCUGGCGGCGUGUGCACCGUACAGCACCAGCGUCUCCUCUCCCCACCACACCCCGAAGCAGGAGAGCAAUGCAGCGCACGAGAGCUUCAGGCCAAAGCUCGAGCAGGAGGACAGCAAAACCAAACUGGACAAGCGGGAAGAGUCCCAGAGCGACGUCAAAUGUCACGGAACAAAGGAGGAAGGAGAUCGGGAGAUUUCAAGUAGCCGAGAGAGUCCCCCUGUGAGAGCCAAAAAGCCUCGUAAAGCCAGGACGGCUUUCUCCGACCACCAACUCAAUCAACUGGAGCGUAGCUUUGAACGACAGAAGUACCUGAGUGUGCAGGAUCGCAUGGACCUGGCGGCUGCACUCAACCUCACUGAUACCCAGGUCAAGACCUGGUACCAGAACCGCAGGACCAAGUGGAAACGGCAGACCGCGGUGGGCCUGGAGCUGCUGGCUGAGGCGGGGAAUUACUCGGCACUGCAGAGGAUGUUUCCGUCGCCUUAUUUCUACCACCCAAGCCUGCUGGGCAGCAUGGACAGCACUACUGCAGCGGCGGCCGCUGCCGCCAUGUACAGCAGCAUGUACCGGACUCCUCCCGCGCCCCAUCCCCAGCUGCAGCGGCCCCUGGUGCCCCGAGUGCUCAUCCACGGCCUGGGGCCCGGGGGACAGCCGGCCCUCAACCCCUUGUCCAACCCCAUCCCAGGUACCCCACACCCCCGGUGAAGAGCGAGCCUGCAGACCCUCCCUGACCCCUCCCCAACCAGGACAGCUGUCCCUCCUCUCCCCCAACCAGGCAGUCUGGCCUCCCUUGCAGUCUACCAGGAAGCAAAGAAGUGAGAGAGGAAGACGCUCAGCAGUGGGCGGGGGGUCCCCCGAAAGAGCCAGCUCUCCGCACUUCAUCUCCCCACCCCCAGAGACAGGGCUGGAAAGCUCCCCCACAGCAGUAUGACUGGCGAAAACGCUGACCCCACACAGAGUGCGACCAGUAAGUGAAAACAUCAACAAAAACAAAAACCUCAAGUUCUUUUUAAAAAUGACUUUAUGGACAAGCCGGAGGGAGGGGGGUGGGGUAAGGAGGGAAGAAAGAAGGGCAAGGAGAGGAAACUGCACAGGCAGAGAGAACUGUAGAUGAACAGCCUCAGAUUCCAAGGCAGAGGGCGUUGCUGUGGACAUUCCGUCUGGCCCAGAGAAAAGAGGAGGGUAACUGAGAACUUUGCACUGAAUUCUCAUGACCUUUUUUCUUUCGGAAAAGUGGCAUGCUCCAUAAUAUGAAAAAAAAAUGUACAUUUGAAAGACUGAGUGAUAAGUGAUAUAUCAUAUUUAUUAUAUGUUGUCCAAAAAAGAGUCACUUAUAUACCUUAGUAAAACAUGAUUUUUCUUUUCAUGUC